AUGGAUCGGGCGGCGCGGGCGGGCAGCAGCGGGCAAUAUUUACGGAAGAGCUCGCCGCAGCAUCGCGCUAACCUCAGCAAGUCAGGUUCAACGGGGGUAUUCGACUUCCAUUCCCCGCAACUGCCAGCAAGCGGCAACGUAGCGUCCACGAUGGCCGUAGACGUGAGGUGUCCCAGGGGACCCUUGUACCGAGACAUCGACGGUUUCAGGUUGAACGCCUACGUGUCCGUCGACCUCUACCGUUCAGCAUUGAAGUACGAGCCCCGAGCGGACGACGUCUUCAUCGUCACGUUUCCCAAGAGUGGGACACUGUGGACGCAACAGAUCGGCUACCUCAUUUCUCACGACGGAUCUCCUGCUCCCGACGCCUUGGAAUUCUACAAGACCGCGAAGAUGAAGCGACCGGGGCUCAUCAAGACACACUUGCCCUACAACCUAAUACCCAAAAGUCCCUCCGCGAAGUACGUGUGCGUGUGCAGAAACCCGAAGGACGUCUGCGUGUCCUUCUUUUACCACACCAAAGGUUUCGCGGCGUACGACUUCGCUGAUGGCAAGUUCGAUGACUACUUCGCCGUUUUCAUGCAGGGUGCUAACGAUUUCGGCGACUACUUCGACCACGUGCUCUCCUGGUACGCCCAUCGCAACGACCCGAACGUGCUGUUUAUGCAAUACGAGGACAUAAAGGCCGACCCGAGGAAUCACGUGCUAAAGCUCGCCGCUUUCCUGGGCAAUGAGUACCGCAGGAAACUUGUGGAACAACCAGGGGCACUGGACCGAGUCAUCGAGCACAGUGGAAUUGACUUCAUGAGAUCCAAGACGGGCGCCGACAUAAAGGCGUUCCUUACGAGGCCGCUGGACAACGUCAAGGACUUGUGCCCUGGUCUGAAGCACUAUCACGAUUCCUCCAUGAAAUAUCCCAGAACAGUGGGGUUUAUCCGCAAGGGUGUGGUAGGAGACUGGAAAGCACACUUUACGCCGGAGAUGAACGCGAUAAUGGAAGCGAAAAUUUAUCAGAGGCUCGGCGACACGAAUCUCAUUGAUGUCUGGAAGAGACACGGUAUCUUAUGAACGACGACGGAGCUCGGAGCGCAUUGCGCACUUUCGCAAGCCAAGGUUGCCCCUGUAUACCCACACCAGAUGGCUCUCGAAGCGCUUUAUAUAAGUUUCAUUAUACAGUGGGACUUGCUGUUGGAUAGCUGAUGAGAACUCAUAUUAGAGACUGCGACAUCUUAAAAACGCGCUAUCUCUGUCUUUGGUGCCUACAUUGUGUUUAUCAGUAAAAAAAGUAAUAAAGUAAUCAUUAAAGUAAGCAUAAA